AUGAAUAGAUUCGGGAAAAAUAUGAGGUUAUGGGGAAUAAUUCAUAGUCAAGGGCAUGUGUUUGAGGCCAGAAGAGGGUGUGACAGUUAUAGGGUGGACUUAGAUGAUAUGACAUGUUCAUGUAGGUUGUGGGAUUUGGCUGGCAUCCCUUGUGUGCAUGCAAAUGCAACAAUUAAUUUUAUCCAUCAAACACCAGAUGCAUACUCAAUGCAUACUUCUCUAAAGAGAAAUUUAGGCAAUGUUACUCAACAAACAUUGAACCUGUUAAUGGCAGCAAUCUUUGGGCCCAAACUGAGUACAUUAAGCCAUUGCCUCCAAUGUCUAGGAGGAUGCCUGGCAGGUUCUAAAAGAUUUAGGAAAAAUAGUAUUGAUGUACCUAGGAAGAAGUUGUGCACAAGGAGAGGUGGUGGGAGGAUUAGUUCUGCAAAAACUGGGAAUAAUACUCCAACUAUAGGUACUCAAGAGAGUGUGGUUCAACAAGUUCCAGUUGCUGAUGAGGGUGAAAAUGUGAUGGGUGAAAAUGUCAUGCAAGAAGGUUAUAAUGUAGGUCAAAGUGUGGUUCAAAAAGUUCCUACUGUUGUAGAAAAAGGUGUUGUGCAGGAAGAAGGUGUUGUACAGGAAGUUCCAGUAAUUCAUAUUCAGGAUGGUCAUAUGAUGCAAGAAGGAGGAACCAGUCAAACAAGUGUGAUGGAAGGUAGUGACACUUAUGGGCAAGAUGUAAAUGAUUUCAUUGAUGGUCAUGAUGAUGUUGGUCUGGACGGUGGAGCUGAAGGUGCUGGAGAUGAAUCUAUUGGUGAUGGUGAUGGAGAAGUUCAUGGUGCUGGACCUGAUCAUGGUGCUGGAUAUGAAGUUGUUGGUGAUGGUGAUGAAGAAGGUCAUGGUGGUGGAGAUGUUGAUGAUGGUGAUGGACCUGAAGGUGAUGUUGAUGGACCUGAAUGUGGUGUUGAAGAAUUGGGUGAUGAUGAGGAAAAUCAGGGUGAUGAUGAAGGACAUGAGGUUGUCCCAAUGGUUAGGAGAACAAGGAAAACAUCUGAGAGGAUUACCAAGAUAAAGCUAAGGAAGGGUGUCUAUGACAAAGAUGGUGGUCGUUCUUCUUCUGUAAAGCCAAUCAAGUUGGAGUAG